AUGAUAGAUCUGAGCCUAGUACUAGGAAAGCAUGUGACAUUUCCACUGCUGUGCUAUGUGUCCUACCUAUGGUACAUGGACUUGAAGGCAGAGCAGAGGGCGGAACAGAAGGCCGACGAUGAGCAUCGUGUUCCAGCAAGAGACCAACCUGCAGAUGAGCCUGCUAAGGAUCGCUCGGAGAGUACCAUUGGCUCGAAGUGGUCGCCGAUCCCUCUCAUGAAAGAGCAAGUUACACCUGCUACGUCGGAGCCAGACUACAGACCCUGGUACGCGACGAAACCGUACCCCUACAAGCCUUUCAAAUCCGGCGAGUACCGGCUUAAUAUGGGCGUCAAACCAAUUCCCCUCAGCCACUGGCUGAUCAUGGAGAACACAUACAAGGAAAGGAUCGAGGCGAAAUGGGAAAUCAUAAAGAAGAACUACAAGGACGUGAUGUUCUGCCUAGACCCCGCAAUGGUUAACAGCACGGGAAGUGGCGGGGCAGCCCCUGUCGCCACAGGUGAUGCGGCUUUCAGCGAAGGUACUCUCGUUACCCUCGAAGACGUCGAGAAAUGCCUAGAGGCAGUGUGCGAGCUCUACGACCAUGUCGUUGGCUACCUUUGCCAGAGGUUUCCACAGUACUUCGAGGUCGUACUGUCGCCCUCAAGUGAGUCCGCGGGCGUGUUUCACAGUAAGGUCAUGGACGAAUUCCACCCCGUCGACCCACGCGCGUACUUAGAGCUCGAGAACGACAGCCUGGCGUUCAUCCAGUACCGUUGCAAAAACGCUGACAUUGUGCCCUCCAAGGUUACUGACGGCAGCGUCAAGAAGGACAGCGUAGGAUACAUGUCCCUCGUCACCACGGCCCGGACCAGGCGGGCGCACGAGCUGAUCCUGGCUAUGGCCAGAAUGGUCGAAGAGGAUAAGAUGCUUCUUCUGCCGAACAGCAGUGGCCAGUUUAACAACGAAUACAUUCUCAUGGCCGGCUGCUUCGCAUUCGCCGCAGGCUUCAACCCUCGCCAGCGCUUCCUGAAGCCGCUGACCUUGGUGCACGGGCCCGUCCCAGACUACAAGAAGAACCUGCAAGCUCACAUGAACCGCUUCUUCCACACCCACCAGCCGGGGAGACUGGUUCUGCGAGUCAACUUCUCCUUCCAGACCCACACAAAGCUGUACGUGACCGACGACAACAAGGGAGCCGACGGUGAGCUCAUCUUCGCCAAGACUCUGGACCAGCUCCGCGGCGGCCGCGACCUGUUCUACCGUUCCGAGCGCCAGUGUCUCAUCAAGCUAGGGCCUUCCACAAACGCCAUGUGCUUCUCCAUCAAGACAUACCUGUGGAGUAUGUCCGAGCAAUUCCUCACUGACGAGUACUACUCUCAGCACGGAGUUCUCCAGGACCUCUACGACGCGGUCGCUGGUAUGCAAGACAACAUUAGCCACUACAAGCGUAAGCCCGAAUGGGGGCCCGCUCUGCUAGGCCUCCUCCAGAAGAGGCUCCAAGCCAAUUGA